AUGGCAUCCUGGUUGUAUGAGUGUCUUUGUGAAGCUGAGCUUGCACAGUAUUAUCCUCAUUUUACUGCACUUGGCCUUCAGAAAAUUGAUGAAUUAGCCAAGGUUACAAUGAAGGACUACUCCAGAUUGGGAAUCCAUGACAUGAACGACCGCAAACGUCUUUUCCAACUUAUCAAAAUCAUUAAGAUUAUGCAGGAGGAAGAUAAAGCUGUCAGUAUUCCAGAGCAUCUUCUUCAGGGAAGCGGCCUAUACACUAAACCUCAGGAAUUCAGAUCAGGCCCCCGAAGACAACUGCAUUUUGAUUCUCCUGCUGACAGCAAAGACAGAAUGGCCAGCAAUGAAAUGUGCAGUUUAUCCGACUUGUCUGUAGGUGAGCAGAAGUCCACUUACCUGAAAGUGCUGGGACACGCGCUAUCAGAUGACUCCCAGGGCCAGCAAAAACUGAGACCCACGAGUGCUUCUGCUGCCGAAGCUUGUGUGCAGACGGAAACUAGCUGUGCUCUCUUUUCAUCAGAUUACUUUUCUCCCAAACUAGGAAGUUGUGAUAGUCCGGUUAUUCAAAGAGUCUUGCCUGUUUCAGGGUAUAACUAUGGAAUCCCUCAUUCCUCUGCCAGACAGAUCACCUCAGAAAAUCCUUGGACUGAAAUGGAGAAAAUCAGAGUUUGUGUUCGAAAACGGCCUUUAGGUGUAAGGGAAAUACGUCGUGGGGAAGUCAAUGUCAUUACUGUAGAAGAUAAAGAAACUCUCCUUGUACAUGAGAAAAAAGAAGCUGUUGACCUCACACAAUAUAUUCUUCAGCAUGUUUUUUAUUUUGAUGAAGUCUUUGGUGAGGCAUGCAGCAAUCAAGAUGUAUACCUGAAGACUGCUCACCCACUCAUUCAGCAUAUUUUCAACGGAGGCAAUGCCACUUGCUUUGCAUAUGGACAGACAGGUGCUGGGAAAACCUAUACCAUGAUAGGAACUCAACAAAACCCGGGAUUGUAUGCUCUGGCUGCCAGAGAUAUCUUUAGGCAGCUCAGAGUGUCCCAGUCAAGAAGGAACCUGUUUGUGUGGAUCAGCUUCUACGAGAUCUACUGUGGACAACUGUAUGACCUCCUGAAUAGAAGAAAACGCCUCUUCGCAAGAGAAGAUAGCAAGCAUGUGGUGCAGAUAGCUGGCCUUCGAGAGCUCCAAGUGGAUAGUGUGGAGCUCCUCUUACAGGUGAUCUUAAAGGGCAGUAAGGAGCGCAGCACUGGGGCCACUGGCGUCAACGCAGACUCCUCCCGCUCCCAUGCUAUCAUACAAAUCCAGAUCAAAGAUUCAGCCAAGAGCACAUUUGGCAGGAUCUCUUUCAUUGAUUUGGCUGGGAGUGAGAGAGCAGCAGAUGCCAGGGACUCAGACCGACAGACCAAGAUGGAAGGCGCAGAAAUAAACCAGAGUCUUUUGGCUCUGAAAGAAUGUAUCCGAGCAUUGGACCAGGAACAUACCCAUACACCUUUCAGGCAGAGCAAACUGACUCAGGUCCUGAAGGACUCUUUCAUUGGCAAUGCCAAAACUUGCAUGAUCGCCAACAUCUCACCAAGUCAUAUUGCCACGGAGUAUACAUUAAAUACCUUGCGCUAUGCUGACCGGGUGAAGGAACUAAAGAAAGGUGUCAAGUGUGCUUCAGCUGCCAGUCAAAAUCAGACAUCUGGAAACUCUUCUCCAAAACGAAUUCAGAGCUUCCCUGGUGCCCUGGCAGGGGACAAGUGCUCCCCAAAAAAAGUUAAACUGGGGCUUCAGCAGUCACUUACUGCGGUCCCAGGCCCUACAAGAGUUAAAGCCCAACCUUUGGCCAGCCAUGCUGCCAACAUCCCCUUCGCCUCUGGGCCUAAAACCCCUGGUAAAUGGAGUAGCUCCCGAGGAAGGCCCACCCCAGAGUGGGACAUGAAGGCUAGCCCUUGCAAAGGGGCCAUGAGAUCUGGCCUUUUGAUCAAAAAGGAAGCAGAGUCAGGACCCUUGUGCUCUGAGAAAAAUCACAUUGGCAACAAGAUUGCUGUUGGGUGGGAGGGCAGGGCCUCCAGGCCAAGAGAAGGCCUGUUGCAUGCCAGGCUGCCCACCAGAGGGAAGAAGGUACAGGCAGUGCAGCCAGUGCAGAAGCAGCUACUCUCCCGAGCACGGCUCCUUGGCAACAGCCACCACUUAGCCAGUCAGGACAGCAAGGUGGGUGCACCUGCCAGGCUUGCCCCUGAAGCCUGGACAAAUCCCUUUCCCCAGCAGAAGGAAAGGGAGGAACAUUUGCGAUUUUACCACCAGCAGUUCCAGCAGCCACCCCUCCUCAAGCAGAAGCUAAAAUACCAACCACUGGAAAGGCUUUUAUGCCAGCAUAGGGGGCCCUCAGAAGGUCGGCUCCAAAACGAGACUGGUGCUCCACUCCACUCUAAUCUUGAGAGUCAUCAUGGAGCCCAGGCUGAGGAUCUUGAUGACAGUGAUUUCAGUGAGGACUCAUUUUCACAUGUCUCCACUCAGCCAACCAUGAAGCAGAAAAGCAACUUGGAGAAGAACUCCUUUUUCCUUCAUCAGGACAGGGAGCACAGCCUUGAGGAAAAAGAGGCCGAAAGGCAAUGUUUGCUUUUCAGCUCUAAAAUGGAUGGUGAUGAGAAGAGGUCAGCUGACAGCUGGGUGUAUUCCAAGGGUCCCAUCAUCAGCCACAGAAGAGGUGUACUCAGUCAAAGCCACACGCCAAGGGUGGUGUGCUCAGUCUGCAGUCAGGAGAAAGACUGUGCCUCCACAGGGCCUUCUCCCAAGGACAAGUGGGCCCAGAAACCUUCCUCUGCACAGGAAGAUUUUGUGCAUCACCAAGAAACAGGUGAAGCUCAAGCCUUUGACAUGAGACUGGAGGGCUUCAGAAGCGAGGUUCCUGGACAGACUGAGGGCAGCUUGCCACCUCCAGAAAAUGGGCUCUCUUUCCCAUUAUCCCACAUGGCAGUUUCAGGAUCCCCAGAGUCUCCACGACGAGACAGGAUCUCCACACCACUGAGAGAGGCCAGUGAAGACAGAGUGACUCAGACUCCAGGAACAGCGAGCAGCAGUGCCCCUUUCCGAGAAGACUCUAGAGAGCACGUACAUAGGUACUCUGCAAAUGCUUCUGGACUCAUGGCUCCUCUCACUAUGUCCCUCCUGGAGACUCCCAACCCUGAGGACCCGUCUUCCUUGGAGCAGGAUAGAGCUAACCGUGGUCUCAUGGCUGAGAUCAUAGGAGGGCCCGCAGUGGGACACACAGUGUCAUCUUACAAUCAAGAGGCUGCCUUGCCAGUGUCUUCAGUAACUGCACGCCUGUGGCUGUCCUCAUCUCCCCCUGACAAUCGGCCUAGUGGUGAUCUUCCAGCUCUGUCCCCGUCACCAAUCCAUCAGCAUUCACCUGACAAACCACCCAAUAGGGAGGCCUGCCAGAGCAGAAGACAUGCACUCUUGGCCCAGAGUCACGUGGGUGGUGAGCCAUAUGAUGACAAUGCUGAAGAGACUGAACUGGGGGCCUCCUUGGCAUUCCCAAGAAAGCCCUUCUCCAUCAUACAUGCUGGAGUUGGCCAUUCCUGGACCCAGGAGAGAAAGCAUCCUACAGGGGUUGGUUGGCAGGAGCUUGUUUCCACCACAGACUCCAUCAAGCCCUGUUACAGUGAGGACGUCCCAUGGCUCAAGAGCAGGCCAAUCUCCGGGUGCUUAGACUCAGACUCUCCUUUUGUCUCCAGCUGUUCUCUCAAGGCCUCGGGCUCACUUUGUCUACUCACACCGGAGCAGGCACAGCAGGUGAUCAUCCGUGCACACCAAGAACAGCUGGAUGAAAUGGCUGAGCUGGACUUCAAGGAGGAGACCUUAAUGACCCAGAUGGAUUCUCAUGAUUUUGAAGAUUUUGUGACCCAGCUGGAUGAAAUCAUGGCUUUGAAGUCCAACUGCAUCAAGAGCCUGAGAAGCCAGCUGCAGCUCUUCCUCACCAGCCACAAGCCUGCUGCAUCCCCUGACAGACCCAUGGUAUCUUAGAGGAAGGCCUCUCUCUGGAUGGACACGGCUGUGCUCUCUGGAGCUGAAAGAGGCUCUGCCAGGGCCUUCCUACAAACAGCCACUCCCUGUCGGCCCCUGGUCUCACCCUAGCCAUCCAUGGCCUUGGGUGGUCCCUGUACAUGGGGACAGCCCUCAUCGUAGGUCAGUUCCACCACAGGGACACCUGCACAAAAGGACCAGGCUGCAGACCUUCGUGUCUCCUUCUGUCUGGGGCUUUGCUAAGCUGUGUCUGUAGGAACAUUCUUGGUGUAAUGACUCUGUACAUGUUCCUAAGUGGUAACCUGAGAGCAGAGAUUAGGGACCACACCAGCCUUUAUUGCUUCCAUCUAUGCCUUUCUGUAUUCAGGUGGGCUCCUCCCCAGCAGAGAGUGGAGAUUUAGUUUUGGGAAAUACAGAGUGAACAAGUUUCGAUAUCUUAAGAGUAACUGGGUGUGAGGUAGGCUUUAUGUUUACAGUUCCUUCCCUGCAAUCCAGCUUUGAGGGUGUGGAUGGCAGUACAUUUUCUUCACUUUCUGCUAAAACAGCAUGGACUGUGCCUCAUGGUUCUUGUGACAGAUCCUAACUCCUGUCUGUGACUCCUCACACCCAGUGCUUCUGAAUGAUUGGGCAAGCUGGAGCAUCUCAGGCAAGUCCGUUGCCUUGGCUGAAAUCUUCCAGAGCAGUGCCGCUGGGCAGCAACACGCAAGGGUCUUUGCUGUGGGUGUCCUGGCACUGAGUCUACAGUCAGUGUCUGAACCUUCUGACCUAGCAGCAAGUGCACAACCCUUCAAGUGAGUUCUGGCUGUGUUACCACAUAGGCCAAGUGUUUUCAGGGUCCCUCAGCCAUUCUCUGAUGUUUCUGAAAACAGGUGUCUCACCGUUGAUCCCCGUCUCUACUUCACCAUCUCUACUCCAGGCUCUCUGCAUGGGUGCUAGAAAUACAACCACACUUUCGUACUUGCACUUAACUAUCCUCCCAUCUCCUGUACCACCUUUUUUAUCAUAAGGAACCCGAAGAAAAACAAAGAGCCUCCAAGAGUCCACUAGUUUUGUAGGUCCCCCUGACGUAACCUGAGAUUCAUGAUUCGCAGCCUGGGCCCCGAAGCCAUUACCACAUGAAUUUAAGGACAACUUUCUAUGGCUAAAAGGUCAAGAUAAGUCAGGUAUGACAUUGCUCACAUGUAAUUCCAGCACUUGGGGGGCUGAGGCAGAAUGAGUUCAAAGCCAGCCUGGGCUAUGUAUAGUUAGAUCUGGCUCUAUUUAAAAGGCCAAAGGCUAAAUCCAAAAGGGCUGAAAGGCUCUACAGCCAGCCACAGGUAGUGCUUGAACUGACCACCAGAGGGCAGUCUGUUCCUAGCUUAAGGCUGUAUGGCAUCUCUAACCCCAACCAAAAAGCACCAAAAGGAUGUGGGAUUCUAAGGCUGAGGACCAGAGAAGCUUUAGGGAUGAGUUGUCAGCUACAGCAAUGCUCCUGCGAGUGGGGAAGCACUUCAGCCAUGCCUGUGACUGCACAAGGUGGUGUUCACAGGCAAAGGGACUUUGCAUCUUUUAAAGGCUACGUUGAGGCCUAUUUGCCCCUUCCUUCUCCACUUGUAUGGCAAGAAGGCGUACAGCCAUGGUCUAGAGCCUACCCUAGAUCAGGUUUAAAGGGAUCUUUGCAUCUGUAUUUGCAAACCAGAGAAGACAGGAUGGCCAGCUUCCAGGUCCUACAGUGGGAAGAGUGUACUGAAAUGUAGGGCAAAGUCUAGGUUCCAUACUAGGCCAGAAAUGACUGCGCCACCUACCUGAGUCAAACCAUUUUUCAAAAUAAAGAGGUUAAAACCAGUGCGACG